GGACAAAGUACAUCAGAAUUCACUUCAUCAACAACAGAAAUACCUACUUCCAGUGUAGAGCAAACAAAAACCACUCAGUUUAGUUCUACCACAGAAACAGAACCUACAACGACAGCUCAAUCUACAUUUACAACAGUUUUGACCCCUACUAGCAUGUCGACAUUAGAAUCAUCUACACUUGAAAGUGGUUCAACACUGGAAACUACAUUGUCCACAACAGGUACCUCUCCAUCUUCACUAACUACUACGACAGAAGGACAAAGUACAUCAGAAUUCACUUCAUCAACAACAGAAAUACCUACUUCCAGUGUAGAGCAAACAACAAGCCAGCAAACAAAAACCACUCAGUUUAGUUCUACCACAGAAACAGAAACUACAAGGACAUCUCAGUCAACAUUUACAACAGUUUUGAACCCCACAAGCAUGUCGACAUUAGAAUCAUCUACACAAAGUAGUUCAACACUGGAAACUACAUUGUCCACAACAGGUACCUCUCCAUCUUCAACGUCUACUAUGACAGAAGGACAAAGUACAUCAGAAUUCACUUUAUCAACAACAGAAUUACCUACUUCCAGUGUAGAGCAAACAAAAACAACUCAGUUUAGUUCUACAACAGAAACAGAACCUACAAUGGCAGCUCAAAUAACACUAACAACACUAACAGUUAGUACCCCUAUGAGCACCUCCUCAUUAGAAUCAUCUACACUUGAAAGUGGUUCAACACUGGAAACUACAUUGUCCACAACAGGUACCUCUCCAUCUUCAACGUCUACUACGACAGAAGGACAAAGUACAUCAGAAUUCACUUUAUCAACAACAGAAUUACCUACUUCCAGUGUAGAGCAAACAAAAACAACUCAGUUUAGUUCUACAACAGAAACAGAACCUACAAUGGCAGCUCAAAUAACACUAACAACACUAACAGUUAGUACCCCUAUGAGCACCUCCUCAUUAGAAUCAUCUACACUUGAAAGUGGUUCAACACUGGAAACUACAUUGUCCACAACAGGCACCUCUCCAUCUUCAACGUCUACUAUGACAGAAGGACAAAGUACAUCAGAAUUCACUUCAUCAACAACAGAAAUACCUACUUCCAGUGUAGAGCAAACAACAAGCCAGCAGGCACAAACCACUCAGUUUAGUUCUACCACAGAAACAGAACCUACAACGACAGCUCAAUCAACAUUUAUAACAGUUAUGAGCCCUAUGAGCACAUCCACAUUAGAAUCAUCUACACUUGAAAGUGGUUCAACACUGGAAACUAUAAUAUCUACAAUUGAAAGUGGUACAACAGUGGAAACUACAGAAGGACAAACUGCAUCAGAAUUCACUUCAUCAACAAUAGAAAUAACUUCAUCCAGAGUAGAGCAAACAACAAGCCAGCAGACACAAACCACUCAGUUUCGUUCUACCACAGAAGCAGAAUCUACAACGACAGCUCAAUCAACAUUUAUAACAGUUAUGACCCCUAUGAGCACAUCCACAUUAGAAUCAUCUACACUUGAAAGUGGUUCAACACUGGAAACUAUAAUAUCUAGAAGUACCUCUUUAGCUUCAUCAUCACCAAUGUCUACGACAGAAGGACAAAUCACAUCAAACUUUACCUCAUCUAUAACAGAAAUAUCCUCAUCUAGUGUAGAACAAUCAGCAAGCCAGCAGACACAAACCACUCAAUUUAUUUUUUCCACAGAAUCAGAAUCUACAAUGACAGGUCAAUCAGUAUUCACAACAGCUAUUUCCCCUAUGACCACGACCACAUCUUCUACACUUGGAAGUCAUUCAACACUGGAAACUACAUUACCCACAAUACAUUCAACUCCUUCUUCACUAUUUACUACAACAGAAGAACAAACUUCCCCUAAUCCUCAAACAAUAACCUCAGCUGUUACAGCCCAAACAUUAGAACCUCAUUCAUCUGCAACAACUCUCAACUCAGUUUCAACAACUCAAAACUGUCUGGAGAAUUGUCAGUGUAAUGGAUCCCCAUGCAUCUUCAAUGUAACAUCUGGGAAAUGUCAGUGUCAGUGCAAUUCUUUCACUUUUGGAGAAUACUGCAAUUUUGCAUAUGACUUAUCCACAGUUAUUUGGUCUGAAAGCACACCCACAAGGAAUGCAAACAUCUCUCUCAGAAUUAUGAUGGACUAUCUUACCGGGUAUGAAAAUAUGAACUCACCAGAGUCAAAACAACUAAUUUCCACCUUAAAACGCGAGCUUUCAAUCCUUUGUAAAAGAGCAGAUGCACAAAAUUUCAAAGAUGUGCACAUACAUAGGCUUAUGCAAGGAAGUGUCAUUGCUGAAAGUACUGCAGUAUAUAACUAUCCCAACAACAACUCUCAAAUAAUGUUUCUAAAUAACGAUUUGGGGCCCACCCUGGAAAAAAUCUUUAACGACUCAGAUUCAUUUACAAAUCUCAGCAUAGCUCUCGGUAAUGUUUCCAUCCAAGAUGCCCAAAUUACCAUGGAGCCAGUUAAAAUAUCAAGUAAGUUACUUUUUUUUUUUUUGGAAACAAAUAACCUUGAUUUAACAUAUUUAAUUAAAGAAGAAGAGGAAGAAGAAUUAGACUUAAUUAAUUGAAGGGAUAUAUGGAUUACUGUUCUAU